AUUGUUGCCAAGAGCGGGCCUGCUAUGGUGGCUGUAACCUAUAACAAACACUGAGCUCUUUACUGUGUUUCAACGCUUCUACUUGCUAGCCAGGCGUUUGGCAGUAUCACACUGAUACAGCCCCAUGUGCUUGUGCUUGACCUUGCUGAACUGUUUUUAAUCAAAUUUGUCCAGCUUCACAUUUUCCUGAAAGCAUAUGAGAAAAAUCUGUGGAGUUUUUGUGGUCUACAAGAUCUGCACUUCCCACUUCGCAUGGAGCAGAGUCCUCUGCAUGCAUUUAGUGAUGUGUUCACCUGCGUUGGUUGAUAAUUCUGCAUGCAAGUGUCAGGUGCCAUCAAAUUAAAGUAGAGGUAAUCCCAGCAUGCUACCAGUUGUUUCAAAAGUACUGGCUUAUUGGCUACUGAAUGUACCUACUUGCAACUUUUUGAAAAGUUUUGUAUUCUUAAGAAGGCACUGUCUUUUUCCUGACAGCUCUUGGUCAGUACUGGUGAAAUAUUCUCAGUGAUUCAUCUUUGGUUAUGCCACCAUGAAAGAAAAAUGCUCUUUUCUUUGUACUUGGAAAUAAAGUAGUGGAAGAAGCAGGAAGUAUGUGUGAUUUGUAAUCCUACAACUGCUCAGGAAGCAUACUGUGUUAAAUAUAUAUAUAUGUGUGUCUGUGCAUGCUCAUGUUUUUCCUUCUCAGACCUUGCUAAGAAUAUGGACUUACGCAGAAGGAUGCUUAAUGGUCUUGCACAUCUGGGUGUUGAGUGAUCCUACCAUAGCUGGAUGUUCUGUGAAUAAUCCAUUCCUGACUGACAGCUUCCAUUGGAUUUUAUCUCUAUUAAGGCAACUCCUGUUUUAUUUUUCUGUGAAGACCUACAGUGGCUCCAGUAACUUAAGUCUUCAUUUGAAAGUGUUGCAGCUAUUGCUGAUCAUCUGAACUUUGUAUUCAUGAAUCAGCCCCACUAAUCAGUAUUUGUUUUAUGUGAGCAGGGGUGUUGAAUCUGAAAAGAAAUAUGCCAGCAUACUUGGCUCCUUGGAGAGCUUCUCCAUGUGUCUUUAGAUCCUCCAAAUCGGAACUCAUGCCAAAUCUAGCCAGUGAUGGAGUUGUCUGUGCUCCGCUUCAAACAUUCACCGAAGAGGAAACAAUGCUGAAAAAUAUGGUGACAAAAUUUGCUCAGGAACGAGUUGCACCUUUGGUGCAAAAAAUGGAUGAGAAUUCGAAAAUGGAAGACUCUGUAAUACAGGGAUUGUUUGAACAAGGGCUGAUGAGUAUUGCGCUUGGGGAAGAAUAUGGAGGAACUGGAGCUUCAUUUUUUUCAAUCAUAUUGGUGGUAGAAGAAUUGGCCAAAGUUGAUCCAGCCGUAGCUCUUCUAUGUGAACUCCAAAAUACACUAACAAAUAAGUUGUUUACCACAUAUGGAACAGAAGAACAAAAGAGAACUUACUUGCCCAGAGUUGCUAAAGAUACAAUAGGCAGUUUCUGUCUUUCGGAGGCUGGAUCUGGCAGUGAUGCAUUUUCUUUGAAGACUCGGGCUGAAAAGAAAGGAGACUACUAUAUUAUCAAUGGCUCAAAGAUGUGGAUUAGCUUAGCAGAACAUGCAGGAAUUUUCUUUGUGAUGGCAAAUACAGAUCCAUCCUUAGGAUACAGGGGAAUUACUUGCUUCAUAGUAGAUCGCGACACAGAGGGACUACAUGUGGGGAAGAAGGAGGACAAGCUUGGAAUCAGAGCAUCUUCCACCUGCCCAGUAACAUUUGAAAAUGUUAAGGUUCCUGAGACCAAUAUCCUGGGACAGGUUGGACAAGGCUAUAAGUAUGCAAUUGGAAUGCUAAAUACUGGCAGAAUAGGUAUUGCUGCACAGAUGUUAGGACUGGCACAGGGGUGUUUCGACCAUACAAUUCCCUAUACAAAGGAGAGAGUCCAGUUUGGGAAAAGCGUAUUCGAUUUCCAGGGGAUGCAACAUCAGAUAGCUCAGGUGGCCACGCAGUUGGAGGCAGCGAGGUUGCUGACCUACAACGCAGCCCGUCUUGCAGAAACAGGAAGGCCAUUCAUAAAGGAGGCCAGCAUGGCCAAAUACUACACUGCUGAGGUUGCGACACUGACAACUAGUAAAUGUAUUGAAUGGAUGGGUGGUGUUGGAUUCACAAAAAAUUAUCCAAUAGAAAAGUACUAUCGUGACUGCAAGAUAGGUACAAUAUAUGAAGGAACUUCAAAUAUCCAGUUGAGCACCAUUGCAAAAAGUUUAGCGCAGGAGUACUGAAACCACAAGGACUUCUUGACCGUUAGCAGAAAUUAUUUCCCUGAACAUUCAUUGUGAAUUGCAUAUUUAUUUGUAAUUAUAAAAAUCAUUAAUGACAUCAUAAAUAAGAAUACAUCAUCUCAGAUGAAAUCAUAAGGAAAACCAUGAAUUCCCCAUUUCAGGACAGUGAGUGUGUAAUUCAUAUGAAAUCGUGAAUUCCACAUUCAAAUCCAAAUCAUGGGUUAAAAGUAUCUCUUUCUGCCUGAGAGACUUCUAAGCCAACACAUUGGCUGAAAUUUUUUUGCUGCCUUAGGUUAUGCAAGCAGUGUAUCUCCACUUUGAGAUUUCAAAGUGAAAACAAAAGAAGCCAAAUCCUUGGCUUGUCUGGUGUGAAAGGUUCUGUUAAGCCACCUGAGAGAAAGGACUUUACACGUUCAGCAGAACUGUUGCAUGGCGUGAAGCUGCUGUUUGUUCGUGAUGCCCUUUAUUAGCAUGGGGUACAGGAGAGGUAUGUGGAAAGAGAUAGAAGCGAUGGUUUCCUCUCUCCCAGGUGGAGCGAUGUCUGUGGAGCUGCUGUAAUUGGAGUAAUUUUUAUAGCAGCCCUUAGUGUGUUCUUAAGUAUAUCUUGGUAAUUAAGCCCUUCCAGCCCCAAUUUGUAGUACUGAAAGGUGGAUAUUAUCUACCUCCCUUUCCAGCCUUCUCAGCUGUUAAGGGUUUUAAUCUAAGAGGUUAUUUAUAGUUCUCCUUUCAUAAAAGGUUGAGUUGAAAUCUUUGUGAAAUGGCGUUAAAAAAGCUCUAGUAGUUCUGCAAAAAGACAGAGAUAUAAGCUAGGUAAUAGGAAUGCUGUGAUACUACCUCACAGUGGCCUUUCCAUGUUCAAUGCAUUUUAUAAACUUUAAUCCUCAGAGCCUUCCUGGGAGUUAGGGAGGGACUGUUAAUUUGCAGCCUAGAAAACUCCCUCAUGGAAGUUAGUGGUUCUCUAGCAAAGUUUUCUUCCUUUUAAGAGAGAGAGAAAGAGGGGGGUGGUUAAGAAGUAUUUGCUUUUUUAUCCCUCUUUGUUUACUUUAAAAUUAGACGUUUUAUUUACGGCAGAAACCUCUUCAGUGCUGGAGAACUAAUUAACUAAGAAUCAAGAGACGGAAAGCUUAAUAUAUGAAAAAUCAUUAUAAUUGUUGUAAUUGCCAAUUUGUUUCAAGUGUUUUGGGGAGGGAAGGAUUGGUUUUCUGGUUUUGGCUGACCUAGAAGUAUCUCAUUUUUAAAGCUUGCUUGUCACUGAUGAUUCACUUUGAGUGGAGCUUAGACUGUAACAGUCUGAGACUCCUAAACAAUUUUGUAGCAAAACUGGGGUAAAUGACACUUAACAAAUAUGAUUUUGUAAAACAAGCAGACUGCAGUGCCUUAUACAAAGAAACAAGAAGGAGGAAAAGCACUAUUAAAAAGUUUUCUGACUUUCUGUCAGCUUGAAAGGGAAGUAACUACUUUAGUGAAUUAAUCCCCCCACAUACACGCUUUGUCUGUUGAUAGGCAAAGAAUUAAUGUGGUAAUUAUCCUUAUGCCAAUAAAAAAAGCCCCUCCCAUAUAAUUUUGAUCAACAGCUUUGAGAUUUUCAAAAAUACAAGAGUAGGAGGGUGGACUGGAUGAUUUCUGAAGUUUUCUUCUAGCAUUAUUAAUAUUAUUAUUAUUAUUAUUAAUGCAUUUCAGGUUGUUUGCAGGCUUUCUUUCAGCGGAAUUGAAGUGGCUGGGGAGAUUGUUAGACUAGAAUUAAGACUACAGACACCACAACAGUUAACUGCAGUUGUUCUGCUCAACGUAGUCUAUCUGUGAGUCUAAAAUGAUUAUAAUCAUACUACAAAAUGCUUGCGUUAAUGUUAAUCAACAUGUGAUGAGUUGUGCUAGUGUGAGGCAGUCCCUAGCUGCUGUAGUUCAGCCUGCUUUGCUAACACAAGUGUCAGCAGAGAUCAGGUUUUGAUUCAUACUUUUUAAUAGGUCUCCUAGUUUGAGAUACUAUCUUAGCUUGGUUUCUGCUGUUUUCAUGAGGCUAGGAAGCGAGUGGCAAUACUUAACUGACUUAAUAUAACGCUAAAAGCAAACGCUUUGUGGAGGAAAGUGCAGAGCUCUUUGAAGGACUGUUAAGGGCUGGAUAUCCAGGAUUAUGUAAAAGGACUGUCUCUUUGUGUAGAACUGUGUCAGGUAUCCAUUUGUAAAAGUAAUCAGGAAAAAAUCAAAAUAAUGUGAUUUCCUACAUUCUGAACGCGGAUGCCUUAGUCCAGGAAACAACCUGAAAAGCCUCAUCAGCUACUCGACAGUUCUUCUCAGAAAAGCAAGGUCAAACCUUUAACUAAUGUUACAGCUGUAAAUAUUUCACAUCUCUGAAUUCUGUAUGCUGUAUUCUAUACACAAUGACUUUUGAAAGAAAUGUAUGUAUUGUAUUUGAUUUUUGUCUACAAAAUUCUGUGGAGGAAUAUGUGCACAAAUUAAUUACAACCGCUGAGUUUCUUUCAUUGUUGUUUUAAAAGGGCAUGUACCGCUGUGGAGAGCGUGUUCUGGUCACUGAUUCUGGGAAGAGUUAACUUGUUUCAUCCCCUUAAGUCUGAUUCCACUGCUGCACUAAACGCAGAUUCUGGUUUAGCAAUAAGAUGUGCUGUGCUGUUGUCCAGGAACUGUUAAGAGCUGCUUGCACUCACCACCCCCUAUUCUGUUUGGGACAAGCAUUUAUGGAUUGUCAUAAAUUGCAUUUCCACAUUUGGCACUGUGGGCACAGGACUGUUGAUGGUGGCUGGCUGCACCAGUAAGUGUAGGGCUGCAGAGCUGGCAUUGUGAAUGCUGCGAGGCUUUCUGUGCUAAUGACAAUACUCAAAGCUGCUUUAUACUCAAUAUGUAUUUAUAUUACUGAGUUUUCCCUUUAUAUGCCCAUAGUCAGCCCAGUCAAUUUAGUCUAUUGCCCUGGAACAGCAUCUUCAGUAUCAAAUGUUGCAUCUGGGCUUCCCCAGUUAGAAGAAAAGACCUGUAUUGAGAAUGUAUUAAAAAGUGCCCAAAUUCGAUAUUUGACUUGAUGCAAUGCUCAUCUUGUAUAUCAGGUUAUGGUUCUCUAAUAAUCUGUCAUUUAAAAUUUUUCCCAGGUCUUGCAAUUUUUGCACUGGGAGAGGAUAAUUAUAUCAUCUUCCAGGUUUCUUUAGUUUUAUUCUGGUUUGUGAUGAAGGUCUGAGGCAGAUUUCCUCUGCCUUUUCCAGAAACAGAAAGGUUUAAUUGCUACUUGGGAAAUACUCAAAUACAACAUUUUAUAUGAUGUUUUCUGUGCUGUUGUUCUUUCUUCCAUAUAUUCUUUUCCCCAUAUAAAGAUUGUGUUACAAAAGGCUUACGUGAAAUAUGAAGUAAUUGUUCAUUGGGAGCCUUUUGCUAUGUAAAGAAUUUUCUAAUUAACAUGUUAAAGCGUUUCCAUUUGGAAACCUUUUGGUGAGAGAGCUCUUUCAUUUCAAGUUCUUCCUACCAAGCUAAGCUUGAUUUGAAACACAGUCUGCUUCGAAAGCAGCUGUUUGACUUUCCUGAGCUUGCUUAUUGGAUACAUGAAAGCUGAAGAAAUGUUUUUCCUCAACCCCCGAAUGUAUCAGUGUACCAAUAUGAUAGAUCUUCUCCUACGAGAAUUACGUGAAAGUGGUUAACAGCUACCACAAAUACUUUAUAAAUAUUUACCUGUUAAGUUAUCACUGUGCAAACUGUUGGCAGAGGCACAAAUCAAGUGAGAGCUGACGGGCAGAUGAAUAUGUAUUGUACAAUUCCCAAAGAAUUUUCACACAAUUUGUUAUUUUAUGUUGUAUUGAAAUACAGUCAUUUGCAGAGCGUUUUGCAAGGAGUUGUCUUCUCUGAAGUGUGGCUCCUUGAUCUAGGUCCAGGUGAGGGGACAUGGCUAGAAGUCUUACUCUUCUGGAUUUGCCUGUCUAGAGUGACAUACUGUGGUUGAUUGUACACACAGGUGAGAGGAUGCAAGAGUUCUUUCUGAGUCCACACCAGAGACAGUCAAACAGCAAUGCUUAGUGAAUCCAGAGUUCCAGGCUAACGAAUAGGAUUUACAAUCAUUAUUUCAGUUAAAUAUGCCAGUUGUAAGAUCAGUUGCUAUAAUUAACAAAGUCCAGCUUAGCGGCAUUGAGGGAAUUUCUCAUUAUCUGAUACUAGAGACAUUAUUAAGCUGCUUUGAAAUCUUGGCAUUUAUGAUCCUCUAAAAAUACUCUGUUCGUGUGCAAUAACUGUCUAAUACAUGAGGUAACUAGAACUAACCAGUGUGUUUCCUAAUAGCUUGUUUCAUAGAUCAAAGCGUUCAAAUGUUGAUUCCUGUUGGUAUAUUAAUGUUCAAAAGAACAUGCAAUGUACAACGUAACAUUUUUUUUGAUAAAAUAUUUUUAAAUAUAAAUCGAAAUACGUACAGUCUCAAUAGGCAGUAAUAGCAGUUUUAUAUAUUCUUCUGUCUUUCAAGAUCAUUUGGAUUUACAUCUUUCUGAAACUAUUCUUCCUCUGUGUGUGUCUUAGUAGCUGUAGAGCUACUAAUACUGGAGGGCUAUACAUAGAAAAAAAUCUCAAGGUGACUUCACAAAAGAUCCUAAAGGAAAAGCACUCCCCACCUGACAGAAAACUGUGUCUCAAUAGCCAAGUAGCCAGCACUUUCAGAACUGGAUUUAUUUAAUAUACACAAUGAGGACUUCUGAACACACAGAAAAAUUUGUUCAUCAAACAUUUUGCAGGGAUCUCUGAAGAAAGGAAAGCUAUUACAAGCUGUAACCACUCUCUUACAUUAAAAAAGAAAUCAAAUAGCAAGAGGAAAGCCUAAAAUAGAGCAAUAAAUCGCCAACUUCCACAUUGCUAGUUUGUGUACUUGGGGGUCACGUAACCAGGAAAUUAGCAUAUAUGAACUGAAAUUAAAUUCUGCUCUCUAACUAGCCAGACCUGGAGGUCUUACAAUCUGUUUGAAGCAUUACACAAACCAUUGUCACAAUUAGUGACAGUUUUAAAAACAUCUGCUGUAAAUCGCCAGAUGAAGCAGGGCUGGAGUGCUUUGGGUAUGCUCAAUAGAGAAGUCAACUUGCAGACAUUAGCAGAACUUAAAAUGAGCUUUGGUUCAUCUGUAACGAUGGCUGGAGGGUCAUGGUGGGAAAGUGCUCAUCGGUGGGAAGAGCCGAAACAGAGCAUUACUGCUUGUUUGGUUUAGAGCCAAAUGCAAGCUGGCAGAUAAGAAAUGUCUUAAUGUUUUCCAGCUAUGAGACGACUUUCUUUCCUAGUGUAGAGAGAACGAAGGGAAGAGCAGAGCUGCAGUAUGAUGGGUUCAUGUUGAGUUUGUAUUCCCUGCCUCUCUGGAUCCUCUAAGUUUGAUUGAUUCGGUUUUAGGAAAGUUUCCAUUUUGCUGCCUGCAGAAGGACUCUGGUUGGGUCUCCACUUCAUAGGACACAAGAAGCUCUGAUACACACAUCCAGAGCUGAUGUUUUCCUGGUUGAGGGGUUGUUUCCUGCCUUCUCUUAGGGACAUUCAGCCAAGACUUUUAAAGGAUGACCCACCCGUCAGAGGAACAGAAUAAUUUUCUGAUCAUCCUUUUCAUCACAUUAAGUUUGCUGCAAGUCUCUCGGAUAUUUUUGGCCUGAAUUGUUUUGUAGGACAUGCUGCAAGAUUUUUCUAUUCACUGAUAUGCAUCCUAAAGAUGCAAAUUAAAUGCAAAUUUUUCAUUAUAACCAGAGCAGUCAUCCAGUUUUAAUUUGAUACUGUGUCACUGAGUUUUUCUGCCUUUGUUUAGAUGGUACCCAAAGACAUGAUAAUUACAUUUUAGAAAGACACUAGCUUCUCUGGAGAUUUUUUGGUUUUCUGUAGGGAUACAAAAUUAGAGAGUAUGAAAGUGAAGAGUCCCAGAAGCUGCAUACAUUAUUUAUGCUAAAAAGUAUUAGCUGAUAUAACUUUAUGGAAUCACUGUAUCAUGUAUCCAACACCGGCUAAAGGACCAGCUGAAGUGAAAAAGCCAACUUUGAAAUGAUACGAAGUUGUAGGCACAAUGUUUUACUCUUUUUUUUUUUUUUUUUUUUUGCAUUUUAUCUCACAGAGAACAGCUUUGUGUCAACUCUGCUAAACUGACCUAAAAAUAAGCAAGGAAUAAUUCAGAAAUUAAGGUUCUGGAAAUGUAGUUAAAUACUGAAAAGCUCCAUAGAACUUGUUUUGUUAAUGGAGCUGUUGAAAAUAUAGUUGGUAUGGAGCGAAUGUAUUUUAGUGCAAAAGCUGAUGCUGUUUGUUUUAGGAAAGAAAACAUUAAGACAUUCCGUACCUGAGAUGGAGGAUGUUUACACACCAAAUGCAGCAUUUGCUGCAAUUGUUCCCAUAAGA